CUUGUCCCGGAAAGGGCGGGUUUUGCCCCUCCAGCAUGGGUGUACUCUCACAUGGCAUGGCCACUGCGACGAGAUCAGACAUGGGCGAGAUAGAAAACCAGCAACCUAAACCCAAAGUUAGCGAUGCUAAGGGGAUCCUGAAGCAAAACAGGGAGUUUCUCGACUUCUUCUGGGACAUCGCAAAGCCGGAUCAAGAAGUGCGGCUGAAAGCGAUCGACUGCUUAGUUCAGCAUUUGAAAAAAAGCAAAAAGCCAGAUGAGCUGAAAUAUACAUUGAAAAGGCUGGUGGGAGGCUUGGCACACACGCAAGAAAUAGCCCGGCCUGGUUUCAGUUUGGCUCUGGCCCAGGUCCUGUCCGUGUUUGAGGAUGUCCCACUGCAGUCCGUACUGGACCAAGUCAAAGAAACACAUGACCUACAGAAAACAAAGACGAAGCUGUUCAGAAAUGCUGUGUUUGGCUCCUUCUUCGGCGUGCUGGCCUUGUCCCAGUCAGCCCGCCUUCCGAAGGAGCCCCAGAUCCUGCUCCAGUGUAUCCAGUUGCUUCAGCAACUGGCCCGAUACAGAGAACACCUGAAGGAUUUGCCCAAGAAAACCAUGGUUGACAUCUUAUCUGAGACCAGCGAGGAGGUGUUUGAUGAGGUACUCCUGGGCGCUCUGCAGAGUGACCUUUCUUCAGCGUAUAGCACCCCAGAGCAGCUACAGCUCCUCCUGGUGGCCAUGCAGAGGUUUCCCGGUUUGUUCAAGCCCAAGAAGCUUAAGAAGUUGCUAGGAACAUCGACCAUAAUUACGAAGGACACCGUCCCAAAGCUGGUCGAAGUUUUGAAGGUGGCUGGCCGCUCUAUGAAGAAAGAGAAGCAGCUCCCCCCAGUGGCCCUGGAUGUGCUCCAGGUGUCUCUGCGGGAGAACACUUUUGACCUCUUCUGGAAAGACGUGGUGGUCAACGGGCUGCUGACUGACCAAUCAGGAUUCAACAGCUUCCUGUGCUACCGGCUGCUGGGGGCGGUGCUGCCUUGGCUGUCCCUCCCACAGCUACGCCAGGUGCUGUCUGGAGAGGUGAUGCGACAUUACGGGGAGCAUGUCGUUACUGCCCAGCUUCCAGGCCACUUCAAGUUUGCACCAGAGAUGGAGGCCUACGUGGAGGAUUUCCUGAAAGAGUGCCGGGACUCUGAGAAGCAGCUGGCGGUGGUGGUGGCCUUCUCCACACUCACCAACCAGGGCUACCCGGUAGUGCCCAGCGCCUGGAGGGUCGUGCAGCACCUGCAGCCGGCCGCUCUGCAGAGCUACGUGGACUGGCUGAAGGAGAUGUUCUGCCGGCCGAAGCUGGAGGCCUGCCUGGACUUCUCCACCCGUCGGCAGCAGAAGACACAGGAGGCAGAAGACCAGAGCAAGCAGAGUGUGUUCCGCCUGCGCAAGUGGAUUGUUCCACGGCUUACGUCCAUCGUAGAGAACGUCCAGGUGAAGAAAGAGGAGGACCUGGUUAUGGACGUUGCCAGGUUCGUCUUCUUCCAUGCAUUCUUCGCUGCCAAAAAGUCCACCCCCGACAUUCCUGAAACAGAGGCAACCAUCUCAGAGCCCCUGGAUGAGAAGACCCGCGAGAUUGUAGUCAACUCCUUUUUUGGGCUCCUGCAGUACCUCAACCACAUGCCCUCGCUGGGGGAGUCACCAGAGUUGGCUGCUCUCAACGAGAAGCGUGCCUGGGGUGUCACAGCUGACGGCACCCUGUGGAUCUACUGCUUGGUCCAAUACGCCGAUGUACUCCUGAGCCAGACGAAGUACGCCUACGGCAUCAGGCCGCUAACAUCCCAGCAGAAGGAGGCCUGGAGCAGCAUGCUGGAGUCCGUGGAAACCCUCCGGAAGAAAGCGAAAGCCAAGAAGCUCCAGGCGGGCGAGGCCGCAGCUUUCCAGCAGCUAUUCCUGCUCAUGGGGAUGUACCUCUUCAAGGCGCCAGAGGAGAGUGUGGACUUGUUGCGGGAUCUGCAGAAUUGUGUGGAGAAAGCUCAAGAGAAGACGGCAGAGAAGAAAAAGACUGUCGUCAGCAGCAAAGGGGGCGCUGCGGAGCAGGACCAGCCUCACUGGGUGGAGGUGAUGGUCGAGAUCCUGCUGUCUCUCCUGUCUCAGCCCAGCCGUCUCAUUAGGCAAGUGUGCAACUCCGUGUUUGGGAGGAUCUGCCCCUACGUCACCCAGGGAGCCCUGAACGCCAUCUUGGAAGUUCUGGAUCCAAAUAGGGAUGAUGAGGAUGGUGCUCUAGUCAUAACUGAUGAAAAAGAGAAGAACAUGCCGGAUGAGGAUUUGGACAAAGAGAGUGAGGAACAAGACUCAUCUGACAAGGACUCUGAAGAGUCUGACAAGGGGAGUGAUAAUGAUGAUGACGACGACGAUGAUGACGAUGAUGAUGAGGAUAAUGAGGAGCCAGAAGUCGACCAGAAUUUUCGCACUGAGCUCAUGAAGGUUCUUCAGGGUCAGCAUGCCCUGCCCAACGAAGAGGUUGAAAGUGAGGAAGAAGACCUGGAUGAUGAGGCCAUGAUGAAGCUAGAUGGGAACAUCGCUGCACUCUUCUCCGAGCAGAAGAAGAAGAUCCAAGCAAAGAAAGACGAGAAGGAGAAACUUCGCAAGGAGAAGACACUCGUGAGGGACUUUAAGAUCAAGGUGCUGGACCUCGUGGAGAUCUUCUUGACCAAGCAGGCAGACAGCCCACUAGUGCUGGGCAUCAUUGAGCCGCUGUUGAACGUCCUUGAGAACGCCAUGAGCUCAGAGACCAGCCAGCAGGAGGAGGAGUUCCUCCGCAAGACCGCAGACACAUUCAGGAAUCAGCUCUGCAAAGGGAAGCGAUACUGCAAGAACAUUUCAGACAGGAAGGACGAGCUCCAUGCCAUGUUGGAGAGGGUGCUGAGCAGGGCACAGAAACUCUCCGACUCCUCCCUGUCCCUUUACUACUUCAGUGCGUCUCUAUACCUGGUGAAGGUGCUCAGAGGGCCUCCCCCAGCAGCCAUGGGUGUCGAGAAGGAGUCUCCGACUACGCCCGCACAUGAGGCUGAGGCCAUGGGCAGCGUUGACGUGGAUAGGGUGACCUCCAUCUACGAGGGGGCACUGCGCUCCUUCAUGACUCACAGGAAGAGCGCCCUUACAGGCAGCAUGUUCACCGAGCUGUUCGUCCGCUUCCCGGUGUUGUGCGUCCGUCUCCUGGACACCGCAGUGGAGUACAUCGCAGAGGGUGUGAGGUAUCACCAGCAGGGUGAGGCCUGCAACAUGGUGCUGCGGGGUCUGCAAACUCGCGAGGUGCAGCAGCUGUUGGCCGACAGCCGGUGGUCAGAGGUGUGCGAGAGGAUGCUGGACCGAGUUGUGGAGAGUCUAAGGGCCACUAAAGGCUUCCAGAUGAAGGCGGUCCAAGAGAAGGUUCAGAAAGCUCUGGAGCUCAGUCGUUUCCUUGUCAGAAAUAUUCAGCAAAAGAAACUGAAUGUGAACCUGGAGCCACUUAAGAAGGUCCUGCUCCCCAUGAACAAGUUCGAGGGCUUCCGCAAGACAGGGCAACUUGAGGACACCUACUGGAGCGUCCUGAAGCUUUUCGGGGUCCUCAAACCCAAGGUUGAGAAGAAGAAGAAGAGGAAGAAGGCGGAAGACGCCGAGGACAGCGGUGCCCCGGAGCAGCAGAGUGUCCCCAAGAAGAAUAAGGGCUCCCUGCCCGACUCCAAGAAGAGGAAGAACCGCAAGAAGCCAGGGACCCAGGAAGGGAAGGCGCCAGAGCCAAGGGCACCGGAGGUGGGGGCGCCAGGAGCGGGCCAGCAGGGGGGCAAGAAAAACAAGAAGAAAAACAAGAAGAGGAAGCUGGAGGAGGUCGCUGUGGCGCCGGCCCCGGCUCCUACCAAGAAGGUCAAGGCGCAGCCUCCUGGCGCUAAACCGGAGAAGAAGAAGAGAAAGUAGGGGGGCGAUCUGUAAAGCCGGCCACUGUGGACGCUGUCAGAGACUCUGCGCCAGAACGGAAGCCAUCUGCCCGCUUCUCGUUAACCUUUGUCAGAGACGACCCACAUGUCAACAGGCCUGCCACAGCCAGGCAGCGUGAUUACACCCUUGAUUCUGAUUUUUUUUUUUUUUUAAAGAAUGUUUGUCAUAAGAUUUCACUCUUAUGUAAAUACAGUUUGAUAUCUUUCCCAGAAAAACUGCUUAGGUUUUGCUACUGCACAUGAUUCGUUUGACCAAUUAUUUAAAGUAUUUACGGAAUUAGCUGAAGUGACGACUAACAUGUUAUCCUAAAACAGAAUCCUGUUCGUAGUUCUAUGUGUGCAGGUGGUUUUAGUUUGACUGGACCUCCACAAAUGCCACGAAUGACAGACUGCCUGCGUCAAGACAGUUCUGGAAGCGGAUCGUGACAGAACUAUGUCCUAGCUUAUGUUCUAGCUAUCCCUGUUCUAUGUUUUUCACUGCUUGUCAUACUUGAAUUGUUUCAUCUACCAAGUGUGCAGUCGUGACCUGGCAGGAAAUCUAUCUAAAUUUUGGUGACAAAAAACGUUUACAUAAUGGUAUUAUGGUGUUAAUUUCUAAUAUAAAUUAACCUUGCAAAA